AUGGUUAGACUAUGGGAGGCUCAAGAAGACGCUGCCAAGGCCGCGACCGUGAUCAGCGAGGAAGACGAGGAAAAAGAAGUUGAAGAAGAGGAGCCGGCGAUAGCGUUAAAGAGAGAGGAAGCAUACGAACAGAAGAAUGAGAAAAAGGAGGAAACAGACAAACUAGACCAAUGUACAGUGACUCAAAGUGGGCGUUCCCAAGCUCCGGCCGCAGUAAGACGCGGUAGGAGCACUGGAAGGGGCUUCAAAAGUUCGAUGCCGGCGAAUAAUACCCCAACGAAACGUGGACGUGGCCAAAAUGAGAACUUUGGAGAAAAAAUCCCAACUGCCAAAAAGCAAAGAACAAAUCAGUCAAGAAAAUCAAUGGGCUGA